AUCACAUCCCCACACCAAACGUUACACAUUACUUCUCACCACACUCUCUCGUCUCUCUAUAUAACUAACAAACCCUCCCUCCUCUUCAAACCACACACACUCGAGGCUAAAAACAAAUGGCCAUGCCCUCCUUCUUCUUCCUCCUCCUCCUCCUCCGGUUCACGGCCACUUCCGGCCAGGCCCCGACCCCAUCGGGACCCACCAACAUAACCGCGGUCCUAGAGAAGGCGGGUCAGUUCACAACGUUCAUGAGACUGCUCAAGAGCACUCAGGCAGCCGACCAGAUCAACACUCAGCUCAACUCCUCCUCCAACCAAGGCCUCACUGUCUUCGCUCCCACCGAUAACGCCUUCAACAGCCUCAAAUCCGGAACCCUGAACUCCCUCUCCGACCAGCAGAAGGUUCAGCUUGUUCAGUUCCAUGUCCUCCCCACUCUUCUCACCAUGUCUCAGUUUCAGACCGUCAGCAACCCCUUACGCACGCAAGCCGGCGACGGGCAAAACGGUAAAUUCCCGUUGAAUAUCACCAGCUCCGGCAACCAAGUCAACAUCACCACCGGAGUUGUCCAAGCCACCGUCGCCAACACUAUUUACAGCGACAAACAGCUCUCUGUUUACCAGGUCGAUCAGGUUCUUCUUCCUUUGGCGCUUUUCGGGUCACCCGACUCGCCAGCUCCGGCCCCGGCGCCGGAGAAGGGAGGUCCAGUUUCAAAGGGUUCGGCUACCGGAGGGGACGAUGGUGGUUCCACGGAUUCAUCUGGUUCAGCUAUUGAUCUCGGUUUCGGGGUCAGGAUCAUCGUGGCCGUGGUGUCUGCAUUCGCUGCUUCUUCUUCGUCCCUGUGGAUAUGAUUCAUGGACUAAAGCCACUGGCUAUAUAAAUAAUCGAUGAGAUUUGGAGAUUUGUAUUGUUUUUUUUUCUUUCUCUUUUGAUCCAGUGCAAGCUUGCGUGAUGUUAUUGUUUUGAUCCGGAACCAGACAACAUAUGUUAUUCUUUUUGCCCAGAUUCUGUCUAUCUGUCUCAAAUCUUCUGCA